AUGUCACUUUUCAAACGUUCAACAAAGAUGAAAAAACAUUUACGACGCAAGCAUGAUAGCGAUGAAUCUGAGCAGGAGGACAACAGCGAAGGAACAGAUUUUGCUUAUGCAAUGUGUUGGAUUGAUAAGCAUCAAAAGGUUAAUUGCAGUCGUAAAUUGGAAGAUAUAAGGGAACUGCAAAAGAGUCGUUUGCGUCAAAAUGGACUGAAUGCAGUGGAAUGUGCGUUAGGUAAAGAGUUGGCGGCUGAGUUUGUGGCGAUGGACGAUGAUCCGUUCAGGCAGCGUGGUGGUGGAAUGCUUCGCUUAUCGGAAGGACGGCAGGCACAGCUGCAUGCUGCUAAUAUUGAGGCAGGUAUUCGUGAUCAGUUCAAGAAGGAAUCAUUUUUGCGUGACGAGCAUGAAGAAAUGAUGAAAUAUGUACAAGCGGAACUCCGAAAGCGUAAAGCUGAUUGUGAACCGGAUGAUGUGGAAGCAAAAUCGGCAAAGGUGGCAAGUGUAGAAGAUAAUUUGAUGUGGAAAGCGGCCGAAAAAGUUCGAUUGUUCAAGAGUAUGCGAAACGACGAACUCCUUUCGAAUCAGAUGCUCGCUGGCAUUCCUGAAGUCGACCUUGGCAUCAAUGCUCGUAUGAGUAAUAUAAUCGAAACCGAGAAGAAGAAAAGUGAAAUGCUAAAAGAUGUUAUCGAAAAUGGCCGAAGUUUAACUGAAGAAACACUUUUCCAACAGGAACGUGCAAAGGAUCUCUCCAAAGAUUACGUACAACACUCGAUAUUUUACAUGGAGUCAACAACUCGCCUUGGUCAAGAGGAUUGGCGCAAAAAGUUGGAUCGACCUGAUACUGAAGUAGUUGCAACGUACGUUGUGUUUGAUGGCGCUGGGAAGGUGACGAAACAAUGUGCGUUUGGUUUGACGAAGGUUGCUGACGGUCUUAUCUUGAAUGAGUACCGUCAAUGCUUUUAUUUGUAUUGUCAGAAAGGUGUCGUCGAGAACGCAUCUCAGUUACGCUAUAUAAUGAGGAGCCUCGGCUACAGUCCCACCGUUCCUGAAACGAUGAAUUAUUUCCAAGAACAUGAUAAACGAGUCGAUUUCGCGGCGUUCCUCGAAAUUCUCCAUGCAGAUGGUGCCAAAGGUGAUCCAAUGGUUGAAAUAACUCGCGCUCUCAAAAAUAUCGAUCAUAAAAAUCAGGGCUGGAUAACUGUACCCGAGCUUUCCAGUAUAUUGUCAUCAGUUGGCGAGAAGAUGUCUCGAGAAGAAAUCCAACGACUUCUGCGUCAACUGGAUUUGAAAGACAGCAAUAAAGUGCCAUAUGCAAAACUAAUCAGGCUCAUCUCCGCAACACCAAUGCCAUAUCAUCAAAAGUUGAAGAAAUAA